AAGGGGUUAAUGAAGUCCUCUUCCCCGAGGUUCAUCCAGCGUCUGGCGACUCCAGGAACAAAACCGAAGUCUAAAGUCAUUGUUCCAGAGACGUAUGCAAACAACCUAAACCCUCUUCAAGAAACCCUUCAUCUUCACCUUCCCCAACUUUUUCCACCUCCCCAUAUAACUUUACCUCUUGAGAAAGACGGUUCCUCGCUAGACAAACCCACCUCUUCUCAUCGCCAAGAAACCAACGUCGACCUCAAAGUCCCCAAACCACCAGAUCCUAAUCAUGAACAAACAGUGUUACCCCCUAUAAGGACGAUCAACCUCAACAACAACAACGUGGGCCAGAUAUUUCAGCUGGAGGAGGAGGACAUCUGGCUUACACUAGUUAAGAGGGUUUUUUUAGCAAUAGAAAGGUUUCUGCUCCGAAGGAUGUCCACCUUCAGUCUAGCAGUGACGGUGAGAGCAGACCCACCCUUAGAAACACAGAGGAGGGAGGUCAUGAGAACAACAGGCAUUAACCCAACUCUCCUUUCCUUUUUCCUGAAUAUGUCUUCCAUAAAGAAACUUUCCUGA